AUGGAUCCCACGCACGGCGAUGACUUGGUGUACUUGUUCAGCAACGCAAAGCAGGCAGCGUACCCAGCCGACUCGCCGACCUACACCAUGAUCCGCUUCAUGGUGAGCUUGUGGACGAGCUUCGCUCGCACCGGUCGGCCCAGCUCAACCGUCCUGCCGACGCCCGACUGGCCUGUCUUCACCGAGCACAGCCAGCGCCACAUGCGGCUCAAUGCGGAGCCCUCGGUCGGGGAGCGGCUGUUCGAGGAGCGCGUGCGCUUCUGGCAGGGCGUUCGCAUGAACGAGGCCUGGCGGCACGAGGUGCAGACCAGCUGUCCGCCAGACGGGGCUGAGUACGGAGCGCGCAGGCGGCGCUCGGCCACUUGA